GAACCCGAGCUGCUGGGUUCUGUCCUGGUAAUGCUGGUGUAUGUAGGUGGAAUUUGCAGCUCUGAUUGUUGCCGUUUCACUUCUCCAUCGAGAGAGUCUAGCUUGGACACGCUGGAGUGCGGCUGUAUGUCGAACGCCUCAAGACUCCCUACGCUGGCGCACUACGUAGUGCGCGUGUGAAUGUAACGUACGCUGUAUUCGAGUGCACUCAUUACUGAGGAGGGAGGUGUUUGGGAUGCGGCCAGGGUUUGAGCUCACAGGCUUGCAAUGCAGUUGGCACAACGAGGCUGCUGUGCGGUAAGAUUAUGGAUCACAGCUAUAUAAUCCGUUGACUGGUUUUCUUGGAAGCUGCUCAUUUGUUCCAUCGCUUUUCUGUGGAGAAACACAUCAGAUUUAAAAGCGCACAAAAUCCACCGAGAUGUGGAGCAGAAGUGAUUUUGAGGAUGUCCUCGAUACCUUUAAAGCAGGUUCGAGUGCGUCCUCUCCCGGUUGGGCUCCCGGCUGUGAAGCGGCAUGGCUCGGCCCGUCCCCGGCGAUCAGCAGUAGCCGCGCCAGACGCCACAGCGCCGCCUCCGACAGCGCCGACACGGGCAUAGGAACCUCCUGCUCGGACAGCGUGGAAGACCACUCCAGCUCGAGCGGCACCCUCUCCUUCCUGCCCCUGCGCUCUCAGGGCUCCAUCCCCACCGCCCACGUCAUGCCCUCUCCGUCCAGCUCCAAGCUCGGCGUCCACUCGGUGCCCGGCAGCCCCUGGAGCCAGCUGUCCUCGCCCGUCUCCGGCCCGCUGGACAUGAAGGACCCCCGCCCGGUGCGCCGCUGGUCCUCUCUCACCCGGCUGAGCGGGCAGGACAGGAGCGGCGGGCCGGCGUGCCACUCGGGCUCUCACGGCUCGCUGGACCGCGGCCCGCUCCACACCGGGGCGGAGCGCUCGUGCCCGUCCCCCCUCAAACCCAGCACGCUGGACCUGAGCUACGGCGCCCUACCCGAGAGCAGGGCGCCCCUCCCGCCGGCCGGGCACAGGGGGCACUCGCCGGCGCACCGGGCCGUCGGGGGGUCGCCCAUCCAGCCCAGCGUGAGGACUCAGAUGUGGCUGAGCGAGCAGAUGGAGUUCAGACCCGACGGCACGGGCGCCUGGCACGAGCAGCAGCAGCGGGACAGGAUGAGGCAGGAGGCGGAGCUCUCACAGAUGCUGGGCGGGGCUCCUAUUCCCGUGAACACGCUGGUGAAGAUAAAGGAGGGACUGCUCAGACAGAGGGAGCUGGAGAUCGACAGACAGAAGCAGCAGAUCCUUCAGCUCCACGCCAGGAUCAGAGAGAACGAGUUAAGAGCUCAGCAGGUUCUUCAGAACCAGAAGAGUCGCUACGAUGAUCCAUAUCUGCUCAAAACCAAGGAGUGCCCCCCGGACAGUCCUGCGUCGGCUCACAGCCCCCAAACCCCCCCGCUGUGCUGCGAGAACGGAGAGAUGGGGCGCAGACUGGCCUCGGCCGAGCUGGAGGUCCUCCACCUCAACGAAUUCCUCAAGCAGAACACACAGAAGUACACGGAGGACAUCAAAAAGCUGGAGGAGAAGAUGAAGACCCGCGAUCGCUACAUCAGCAGUCUGAAGAAGAAGUGCCAGCGGGAGCAGGAGCAGGACCAGGAGAAGCAGCAGCGCAUCGAGACUCUGGAGAAGUACCUGGCCGACCUGCCCUCCCUGGACGAGGUGCACGCGCAGACCCAGCAGUUGGAGACGGCGCAGGAGAAGGCGCGGGCGCUGCAGGACUCGCUGACCCAGCUGGAGCGGAGUCUGGAGGAGAGUCGAGCUCAGCUACAGGAGAAAGACGCCCUGAUGGAGACCAAGGAGAAGAGGGAGAUGGAGCUGGUGGCUGCUGUACAGAGCCUGCAGGAGAAGGUGGAGAGGUGCCUGGAGGACGGCGUGCGGUUACCCAUGAUGGACCUGAAGCAGCUGGAGAGAGAGAACACGCGACUCCUGGAACAGCAGAGUCACAACAGCAUGCUGAUCGACAGUCAGAAGCAGCAGAUCGACAGGAUCACGCUGGAGUUAACGGGUUUGGAGACGAGGCUGCAGAGAGAGAGAGCCACCACGCAGGAGCUCCGUCAGCAGCUCGUACAGAGAGACGAGGAGACCCUGACCAGGAACGUCCAGCAGAAACAGCAGCACGUGGACAAGGACGCUGUGCUGCAGGAGGCAGGAUCUCUGCUGAAGGAGAUGUCUCUGUGUCUGCUGGACCUGAAGGCGCUCUGCAGCGUCCUCACCCAGAGGGCACAGGGCAAAGAGCCCAACCUGGCACUGCUGCUGGGCAUUAAAUCCAUGAGCUGCUGCGAGGAGAGCGAGAAGCCGGCGGCGGCGGCGGUGGAGAACGGCCUCAGAGGAAAACUGCUGGAGGUGCAUCAGCUCAGGAAGGACAUCGACGAGCUGCGCACCAUCAUCUCCGACCGUUACGCGCAGGACAUGGGCGAGAACUGCGUCACGCAGUGAGAAAGGGAAACGGGAAUAAAAAACCGGGUUCUGAUCGGC